UAUAUUUAUAUAUAAAGAUCAGACCUUGAAACCAUCCAAAGGUGACUUGGAAAUUGCAACUUAAAAAGAAGGAAAAAAAAAAAGGGACAAAUUUCCCGGCGACGAAACAGCGGUUUCCCGGUGGAAUGGACCCUCGUGUGGCCAGCAAUCAAACCGGACCAUGGACAAACGAGAAGCACCUGCACUUUUUGAACUCAAUGGAGGCCGCCUUUGUCCGCACAAUGCUCGAAAACAACGGUCGUCUCCUCCGUCUCGAUCGUUACUUGCCGGACAGCGCAGAGUCUACCCUAGAUUUGAAAUCACAGUCACAGAGACGAAAAAAGCAUACCACCUCAGCCGUCGUCCAAACAAACCACAAAAAGAGCAUUGAUAAUGCCGAAUAUGCCAUUGGAAGAUAUUUUUGUGGGGAUCGUAUUGUUGGUCCAACUCCAAGGACCAGAGUGGCUGACAGGAGCGACAAGAGACCGAGGAGACUGUCAUCUCAGAGCCAUGAUCCCUCUCAAGAUCAGGUGGUCCCACAGAUUGAGAACAGUGCUGGUGAUAAAGGUGAAAGUGACCCUCCUAAUGCAGCAGUGGCACCUGCCAAUUGAGAGGGAUUCUUUAUCUCUCUCUUGUUAUUAUUAUUAUUUUUUUUAAUGUUUUCUUUUUCAGCUCUUUAAUUAGUUUAUUGCUAUGGUUUAGUUGGCAUUAUUAGUGUUUUUUUAAGGAUAAUGUAGCUAAAAUUAGGAGGAAUUUUAUGAAUUGAGAUAAGGUUGCAUACUGUGCUGAGCAAGAAGCCUUAUAUAAAUAUUCUGUACUCCUGGACCUUUUUCAAGUGAUAUUUUAAGAAAUUUUUUUUCUUAUUUUA